AUGGCAAGCCAAAGAGUGCCUGCGGCUGUGGCGUCGUUGCAGAAGGAGGUGGCUGAGCUGGAAAGGGCGGCAGACCGGAAGAGGGCCGAGCUGGCGGCCCUGCGGGAGCGGUUGGGCUUGCCUGCCCGGGUCAACACCCGGCGGGCCCUGCAGCGGUGGAUGAAGGAGCGAUCGAUGGUGCCGUUGAUUGUAGGCACGUCGGAGACUGGCUCACGGGAUACCCGAUCGGGUAUGAUGCGGAUGACCGCCCUGUUGCAGGCCAAAGCCGUUCUCCAUACCUCGGUGGAUCUCUCCAUCGUCGCCGACGAUGUCAAGCGGAUGUUGUUCGACGUCGCAGGCGGCGAGUACAAGCUUCCGUUGCUGUUUCAUCGCGGCGCGCUCAUCGGAAACAUGGAGCAGGUACAAGAGAUGGAGGAUUGUGGAUCGCUCGACGCCGCCCUCGCCCAGCCGGCCAUGUACGAGCGCUCGCCGCGGAAGACUUUGCCGGACCCAGCCCAGGCUCCGACGGGCACCGAGGGCGUCGCGGCGCGAGUCGUGGCGUGGGACCAUACGAUGGUGGAGGAAGCUGUCAACGCUGAGCACAAGGAGCCGAUGGACGUGGUGUACGAUACCGGAAUGGCGGUGCUGGACUCAUUGCGAGCCCUAGUCGAGACCGGGCGCAACGCCGAUGGCUCGUUGACCGCUUUCCUCAAGGCAUCGACGACGCUUCGUGAUGGUGUUCUCGACCUCGCCGAGGUCAUUGUCACCAUGCUCCAGCCCGAGCUUGCGGCGACCAAGAGCGUCGUUGGCGAUGCGGCCGACGACGAGUAUGUGUACGAGUACGAAGACGUCGAGAGCGAUGGCGAGGACAGCGAUAGUGAUGGCGGCAACGCGAGCGAAGCGAACAGUGGCGACGGCGGUGGCGGCAACGAGACUGGCUCGACCGCCGAGUACGAUGCCGAGAAGAAGCUCAUCGCUGGGGUGUAUGCCGAGGUGCGGGCGUCGGGCCAGAAAAUCCUGGUCGCGUCGCACAAGACGCUCAAUCGCGACCCGGCGGUGAUGGAGGCUGCCUUUGUGGCGCAGCGGACGGCCAUCCGCGAGCUGGUUAUCGCGCUGGCGCGGCUGUUCAUGGAGCAUCCGAACGGAGCGCCGCAGCACGCGGCUCAGCUUCAGGCCAAGGGCGCGUCGAUCUCGCGGCUCUCGCUGGAGCGGCUAAUGACGCGCAAGGCCGAGAGUGCGGGCGAUGCCGGCGACGCCAAUCUGGAGCCGGUUGACGACCAGGACUCGAUCGACCGCGCCGUGCUCUUUGCCAAGUCGAAGCGGCGCGGCCGGCGCGGCUCGUUUGCGGCCAAGCAGCUUGCCCGUAAGGUCUCGCGGGCACAAGAGCGCGAGCUGCGCAAGACAGCGCAGGCGGCCGAGGCUGCGGCCGAGGCUGCGGCCGAUGCGUCGGGCGUCGCGUCGGCCGGCUCGUCGUUCUCUGCCGGCUCGUCGUUCUCGUCGAACCGCGGCAAGGCCGAGCUGGGGGCGGCGUCCAAGAUUCUGGAGGCGCGGCGGGCGGCGCGGCAGAAGCGGCGCGAACAGCGGCUAUCCAAGUCGGGCCGCGAGUCGCCGGCAAGCUCGCCGGGCGUCGAUCCAUUGCAGGUCAAGGCCGAGACCGUUUCCUCGCUCCUGGAUCCGGAGGCGCGCCGCAAGCGGGUCGAAGAGCGCCGGCGGCGGUCGUCUGCCGCGCGCGAGGACGCGCCAGGUGCGUCUGAUUUGCAGGGGCGUCCAUGAGCCGACGACGGGAUGGGCAGGUGAGGGUCGCCGGGUGAGCAAAAAGGUUGAAGUCCCU